CUAUACAGGUUGUCACACUGUAGAAGAGAAAAUGGACAUGUAACAGCUGUAUAGAAUCAUUUUAAUAUGAUAUUGCUAAUGCAUUAUGGGUAAUAAAAAAUUAAAAGAAGAAAAGUUAUAAUUAUAGUAGGGAUAUAUCUAUCAUUGAACUGUGAACAGGACUUUCUGUUAGUGAUUCUAUUGACUGAUAUGCUGUCUGCUAGAUGGGAAUUCCCUGAUAGCAACUGGCCAUUCGAGAUAGGCAACAAAAUUGUUUCUGUUUUUGUUAUGUUGCAAUAAUUGAUGCGUUUUCAUGAUAAUAUUGAAGAGUGUGUUUUCCUCUGUGUAUUGUUUUCUGGAAUAUUUUGUUGCAUCCUACAGUAAAUCAUUGCAGAUUGUUUUGUGCGACUUCUGUGUGAAAUAUAAAAAGCAGUUUUUCGAAAUGUCAUGCAUAAUUAGUUACACUGCAGUUAUUUUUGUUGCCAAAAAAAUACUGGAAAUGGAAUGAUUUUAUGAAUAUUACAUAAAAAAUGUAUUUUAAAAAAUAAUGCUUUUUAAAGUGAAGGAAAAAUCUAGGGAUGCAAAUUAUGUUGGAGCAGAGAAUGAUUAUUUACCUACAAGAUAAAAGAGCCUCAUGGAAUUUAAUAUGCAGAAGCAGAAAAGGAGCUAUGCUUUUAACUGAUUGUGGGUGUAAAAAAAUGUGAAAGAAAUAUCAGAACUUUGUUACUAAUACAAUGCAAUGCCAUGAAAAUGUGAAGAAGGAAAAAAAUCACCAACUGAAGAAAAUUAAGUGUUUAUAUUGAUUGACAGGACAAACCUCAGGAUUAAUUAAGUGAUAUGCAGUUUUAUGUGUCCUUAAUGUGGUCUGUGAUUAGGCUUGAACAAUAUUUCUCUUUAUGUCAUCUUUCCUGCGCUAUUUAAAUAUCUGGUAACAUUUCUACAGUCAGUUUUGGAUAGAAAUUAUGGAUAUCAUGGGAUAUGAAAAUAGUAAUAGAUAUGACAGAUGGUUUAAUUUGUGAAGUGUUAUACAUUGUUAAAGUUCUUAAAUAAUCAAAUGACGGAGGAGUUUGCUUGAUUACAUAUAUUGUAUGUCGAGACUCCAAGACUGGAAUAAACUGUAAUGUUAAAAUGUACCACCAAUAAAAAGUUACAUUAAAUUUGAAAUUUGAAAAACUUACAGAUACAAGAUUUUAUAAAUAAGAUUCCACAGAAAUUUAAAUUUGUGCAGAAAUAUUUGAAAUUAAUCUGGAAGUUUUAAAAAAAGAAAGCUACAAAAAGGAACAGGAUGGUCAAACGAGCAUCAUUCCUGGAAAUUGAAGACUGUUUCAAAAUGACACUGCAAGAAGAUGGAUUUGAAGUUUUCAAAUGUUUACGGUACGGUAUGGUACUGGAUCCUACAGAACUAAAGAGCUAUAUGCCAAUGUUUACACAGCAUAUUGACUAUUUGUGUAUGCAUUUUUCCCAGAUGAACGAGAUCUUGGGGGAUGACUAUGAGAAGAAGAUGGCCAUAGUGGGUGUGUUGAAACAGUACGCUGAGGAUAGAGAUAUCGACAUGCUGGCCCGAGCGCUCUCUGUCAUCCUGAAAACUUCACAUCAGAGACGCUUACUUCGACAAAUAAGGCCAUUCAUACCACCUCGGCAGAGAAUUCGGUUCGAUGACAUCACACGGCAACAACAACAAUACAUGGCCAAAAUGAAGACAACACCAGAAAAGACGGCCAACGGCACACCAACAGCAUCUCAUAAACAUGGCCAGAGGAGAGCUUUGCAGAUUGUACGAGAGAACAACAGUUUUGGGUUUGUGAUCAAGGGAAGUAAUCCAGCGUACAUAGAGACGGUUGAUCCCAAUGGAGCUGCAGAGAAAGCAGGCCUUCAGCCAGGAGACUUUGUUAUCAAACUAAAUGGAAUUGAUGUCAGAAAAUGCAGUCAUGCCCACCUGGUGCAGUUAUUGCAGGACAGUGGUACAGCACCAAUUCUAGAGGUACUUCGCUGUGAUCAGGAUGAAUAUCCAUACAGUUCUGGUCCACAAGGUUCAAAUUCCUCGGCCUCAUCCACUUCCAGUCACGCUGAGUCUGACUGGACAACUCAAGAUAAUAAACUCAUAGUGGACAAAGAAGGAAGAACCUACCUUGAAAGAGCUGAGUUUUUGCUGACCAGUAGAGAAAGGUCACGAGUCAAGAAGGCAUGGAUAGAAUAUGAAAGUACAAGUAACAUAGUUGAAUUGUUUGAGUCAGUAUCUGCAGUGCUGGACACACCCUCCAAGAAGACACUGUGGAUGUUUAUCCUGGCUAGACUAUCCCCACCCCAUCAACAGUAUUGUAUCAACCAGAUCUCUCUCCCCAGAAGUAUCCUUUUAGAAUGCAUAGAAAAGCUAGAAAGUGACAAAAAUCAAAGCUGGUCUGGUGAUGGUGAUACAACCAGCACUUCUGCUUGGGGCUCUCGCAAGUCAAGUAUAAAGAUAUCAUCAUUCCAGCAACAAGUAGAAUAUCUUCUUACGUCAAGAGAGAGGUCCAUGCUGAAGAAAGCUCUUCAACUCUACUCAGAAAAUAGAAAUGUUGACAACAUGAUAGAAGACCUUGAUGUGAUUUUGGACACACCCUCUAAGAGGACAUUAUGGAUGUAUAUCAUACCUCUGUUGACCCAGAUGCAUCAAGAUGUUGUACGACAGAGAGUAGGCACUAAACAAGUAGCCAGUCUGCAACCGUCAUCAGAUUCUGAAUCUACAGCACAACGGAAAUCCACUACAAAGCAUCCAAUCAUAUCUUCAGAUGAAGAACAUGACUUGAUCUCUAGAAAUGGAGGUAGGAAAGUUAGAUCUAAACCUGCAGCUCCAUCUUCCCUGGGUGGAUUAGAUCUGUCAAUCAUCAAGGAAUUGGAAGAGACGAGAAGGGCGGUACAGGAAGUCAAAGAAUUCCUGUACAAGGGACAGAGCCCAGAAUAUGAUCGUGAAAAUUUUAAAUAUGUGACAGUUAUUCCAAUUGAACGCCAGCUUCAGGAGGCUUCUCUUCGUUCGCCUAUCAGUGUACAGCUUCCAGGGCAAACAUUUCCUGUGACCUUUAACUCACAAAAUAUUGCUGGGUUAAGUCCCAGUCAACGACUGUUUACUCCACAGGAUGUGCAAAGAUUAGAAACGGAACUAUUUUCACCUAUGUCAAAUAGUGGUAGCAGACCACAGCAUAGUGAUUCUGGACCAAGGGUUAGAUUUCUUGCAAAUUUUGUAGGUUUGAAUAACACUGAAAGUGAUGAUUCACCAAGAAAUCCACCAAGUUUUGUGAUAAAUGGCCCAGAAGAAGAAAGUCGUCUAAAAAUUCCGCCAAAUUUCAUGAGAAGUGGAACUGAAAGUGACCAAGAAAAUGAAUUAGAAAGGAGGGCCAACUCACAGCUGCUUGUUUCCAAAUUUGCGAAAAUGGGAGGAGAUACCUUUAACAGACAUGCACUGACAGCACUGAAACAAUUGGAUGCAGCAGUUGCAGCAGAAGUUUCAGAUCUUGAGUACAGCGGGGAUGCAAGGAACAAAUCACCAGCAGAAGGCAAAAUAGUGCCAUCUUUGAAUGGGGAGACAACUGCCCCUGCACCACCACCACCACCACCUCCGCCACCACCAGUGGCUCCCCCUCCCCCAGCCCCACCAGUGCCAGGUACCAGCUCGCCGGAAAAGUCAGGGAUGAAUGUGAAGAGAAUCAAUUGGGAGAAACUUGACCAGCAAAAAGUGGAAAACACUGUCUGGGAACAGAUUGGUGAAGCUACAGACCUGCAGGAUGUUGUUCGAUAUCUAGAACUGGAACAGUACUUCUCUACAAAAUCUCCUAGACAGAGUUCGGUUUCCAUGUGUGACACAGGGACAGCACUUUGUACAUGUGUUAAACAUAGAAUGUCAGCUCUCAAAAAGCUUCCUGAAAAGAAGAGUAAAAUUUGUAUACUAAAUCCAAAGAAAUCCUACAAUAUAUCUAUACUCCUGGGUCACCUGAGAUUGACACUGAGUGAGGUACGACAUGCACUAUACAUGCUGGAUGAAGAGGUUCUUACCCCAGAACUACUGAGACAACUGCUUGCCUUUGCACCUAAUAAAGAAGAGAUGGAGCAGCUGGACUCGUACAAUGGAGAUAUUGAAGAACUGAGUGCUUCUGACAGAUUCACAUAUGAGAUGAGUCGAGUACCCGGAUAUGAACAAAGGUUGAAGGCUCUGGUAUUCAAAGGAAAUUUCCAAGAAAAAAUCACUGAAAUGAAAGAGCAUAUGCAGAAUAUCAGGAAAGCCUCAUUAGAAUUACGGCACAGUAAAAAAUUGUCAAAGAUACUGGAGCUUAUACUGGCAAUGGGUAAUUAUAUGAACCAAGGGAACCAGAGAGUUGGUGAAGCUGCUGGAUUUAAAAUAAAGUUUCUCUCACAGCUUGAGAUAACGAAAACUUCAGACAAUAAAUUGACAUUCCUACAUGUGUUAGCGGAGACGGUAUUUAACAAGUUUCCUGAACUUGUUGCUGUGGGAGAGGAACUCACAACUGUACCAGAAGCUGCCAAAUUUUCCAAUGUACUUUUAAAUCAAGAACUACAAGAUCUUAGAAAAGUUUUACAGGAUAUUUCAAACACACUGGAGAAGUUUGGUUCACAGAAGACAAGUCUUGGUAUAAAUGAUAAAUUUCAAGACGUGAUGGGACAUUUCAUAUCACAGGCUUCCGAUGAGAUACAGAGCUUGUUCCGUCUAAAUGCCAAUACAAUGGAAGAGUUCCAGAGUACAGUGCAAUAUUUUGGGGAAGAUCCAAAGAAAGUGACCACUACAGAACUGUUUGGGGUAUUUGCUGAAUUCAUUACCAAAUUUGAGAAGGCACACAGACACAACAUUAUGUACAAACGAUAUGCAAAUUUAUGAAAAAACCGGAUCUGGUAGAAACCUGUAUUUAACACCCAGAAUAAACAUAUAGGCUAUAUAUGUACGUAAAUGUCACACGUCUGACAUUUUCAUGUUUCACCAGCAUUUACGUCGCUUGGAAACAAAGACAAGACCAAAAAAGAUGGAGGAGUAAAUAUUUCUGAGCCUUUGCCUUCUAUAUGUUAAGUUAUCAGAGACUGUGCUUCACAGUCUUACCUUACAGAAAGUGAGAUUCAAGAGCUGGCAAAGUGGAAUGUAAGAACAUAGACUCUUACAAUGGAAGGAUUGGUUAAUUGAUUUUGAGGAGUGAACAUGAGAGCCACCUUGAAGGUUCAGUUAUACUCUUCAUUUUGCUAGAUAUGAUUGUUAAAGAAAAAUGUAUUUAAAACACCUUCUCAUAGCGGUUUAUUAAGAUAUUUUCUAUUUGUACAGAAUCUAGAUCAUUGAAAAAAAUGUGUACAAAUACAGUCAAAUAAGACUAAAGACCAUCUGAAAAUAGAGGUCUAAACUGUAAAACUCAUUUUGAAGGAUCAUCUUUAUAUAUAGAUGUUCUUUUAUAGUUAAACAGGAAGUGGAAGUGCCAUUUCAAGUCGCUUCUUAUUCAGCGGUAAAAAGUUCAUCUUGUUUAAAAAUAUAAGAUAAGAAGUUUCCAGCUAAGAUGGAUAUUGCAGCUGGUUUCUUUUAUUCCAUUAUUGCCUACCAUUUAUGGUCAGUUAUCUUGUGUUACCAUUUGUAUUAGACUUACUGUUCAAAUUUUAGUUUUAUUUAUAGUGAUUCAUUUUAGCUUGAUUAAGAUGAAAGCUUUAGCUUAUUUGAACCAUACUCCAGUCGGCUUCCUGGAAAAAAAGAUUUAGCUUAUUUGAACCACACUCCAGUCGGCUUCCUGGAAAAAAAGCUUUAGCUUAUUUGAACCACACUCCAGUCGGCUUCCUGGAAAAAAAGCUUUAGCGUUUUGAACCACACUCCAGUCGGCUUCCUGGAAAAAAAGCUUUAGCUUAUUUGAACCACACUCCAGUCAGCUUUCUGGAAAAAGCAGUACUGGUGUUCUGAGAGAAGGUGUUAUUGUGACCCAAUUGGGGCUCUAACCCAUGACCCCUUGGUUGAGCAUCCAACACCUUAACCACUAGUCAGAUAUUCAUCACACUAUAUACGUUACUCUUUCUUUGAAAUUGUUCAAAUUGCAAUUGUUUUCUGUAACCAGAAAAGAACCAUCUGUGCUAGAGGAAAAGAAAUUGGAUCCAUUUCUUCUCCUGGACUGUUUAUUGAUUUUCACAAAACUUGGUUUAUAUUGAAGCUACAUUUGUGGUGGUAAUGUUACAGGCUGGCAGAACUGAAACACAGUAAAGGAAUUUUCAUAAGUUAUAAAGCCACUGCAGUUUGUUCUGGUACAAAAUGUGUAUAGGCUCCAGUAUACAAAAUGAAUGUUUUAUCAAGUGCUUGUUAUUUACCAUUGAUGGAUUUUUCACCAAAUAUGGCAGGAAGCAUCAUUAAAUAGACUUUUGUAGAAUUGCUUUCAAUCUGUUAGUUUUGAUAUUUAUAUGAAUAUAUGUUAACAGCAGAUAUAUACUGAAGUUAUUUUGAAAUAGCAUAAUAUCACAUUUUUUUAAGAAUACACAUCAUUUGCUUAUGCAGUAUAUGUUACCAGAUAUUAUUUUUGUGCCCCACCCUAUUUUUUUAAGAGUGGGGGGGCACUUAAGAGUUGCCCUUGUGUCCAUCCAUCCAAACAUAUGUCUUCAUAUCUCAAAAAGUAUUUGACCCAGAGUCAAUGAUCUAACCUCACAGGAUUGUUAUUCGUGAAUACACAUUUGUACAACAUGUAAUUCAAAAAGUAUUUGACCAAGAGUCAUAAAACAUUAGGGGAUUUUUAUGUAGCAUGUGAAGUUGAUCACCUGGGGUUUGGUUUUGGAUUUCACUUAACUAGACCAGAGUUAUGGUCCCUGACUUACUGAAAAUACACAUAAAGUGCUUAAAAGUUUGUGUUGCAUAUUUCUUGAAAGUAGUUCCCCUAGAGUCAUGAAACCAUGUAGGAAUCUUAUCCAGCUUGUGAAUUUGUGCACCUGAAUUUUGAUUUUUUUCACUUUGCAAGACCAGAGCUAUAGCCCUUGAAUAAGUAAAAAAAAAAGUUUGUGUGAAAUUGUGCACCAGGUGUUCUGUUUGGGAUUUCACUCAGCAAGGCUUAGUGAAAAAUACACAUAAAGCUACUAUUAUUAUAACCUUAUCAUAUUCAAGUCAUGAGCACAUAUCAUUGUAUUAUUUGCCUUGUUACUACUCAUUGUUUCCUCCAAGACCAAGUGUUUGUGACAUUUUCACCAUAUGGUACCAUUCUUCAUUCCUUUACAGGAAAGAUCUAGGGUUAUUCAUUUAUUUAUACAUGUAUAUCUGUCUGUAUAAUUGUUUCUACCUUUAUUGAUGAUAUCUGAUGGUAUUAUAAAUCAUUACUCACUGUUUACAGCUUUGAAGAUUUAACAUUAUAUACAUAUUGGCGUACUUCAUGUUUUAAUUAUCUGUAACUUGUUAUAGUAAUAAAUGUUCUCUUUGGUGAUGAAGUAAUUGUACUUUAUCUUCAUUUACAUCUGCAUAGAAAACAUCUUGGAUCAGCCCUUAAUGUACAAAUCUCAACAAGUUGUUUUUUUUUUAAGGAAAUAUUUGAAAUGCAGCUUUUGUACCCUUUUUUCUGAUUUUAUUAAAAUGGUUAAAAAGGUGUUAAAAUGCAAAAAGGACAGUGAAAAAUAUCUAUCUGGAAGCACCUGAAAACUGUCUUUAGAUUUUAAGUGUUUUUUAGCUAUGUAAAAAUGAUAAGGUCAGGUAACUCAUGAUUAAACAAUUGGCUUAAUAUAGAAAACAGGGACAAAUACGUCUAAUAGAAAAUGUCACAUUCAAAGAAUGCAGCUGCCAACAUCAAUGAAUGUGUACUUGUCUUGAAAAAGUCCAAACUUUCUUACUGGUACUUACUGUUUUAUAUCAAACAUGAUGAAUACAAAAUGAGGGUAAAGGACACUUAAAGGUCUUCUUAUGUCCUGUUAGUAUGAUAUGAUGUAGGCGUGUUAUGAUGUUAGCAUGAUAUGAUAUUGGCAUGUUAUGGCAUUAUUAAUUUAACAGGCAACUUAAAUCAACAACUAGAGAAUGUUAGAAA